GACAUUUCCGUCGGCCAAUCUUCCAUCAGAUCAUCCAUCUCUCACCAGCGCAAAACCACGAAACACAACCAUAUUUUGAGCAAGUCAAUACUACUGUGCAGCUCAUCAGGUUUUGAGAAGUCGCCCUACAAACUCUGCAAUCGAACAAACAGUGCAAAAUGAGUCGUGGCGGUACCACUCUCUAUGUCACCGGUUUCGGCCCCGGCACACGCGCUCGCGACCUUGCCUACGAAUUCGAACGCUACGGUCGCCUUGUCCGUUGCGACAUCCCUGCACCUCGCACCGCUGCGAGCCGUCUGUUUGCAUUUGUCGAGUACGAGAGCCGCCGUGAUGCGGAUGACGCCUAUCACGAGAUGCACAACAAGCGCAUUGGUAGGGAUGACCUCCUGAAGAUCGAGUGGGCUCGAACUCCUCCAUCGGCCUCUUGGCGCUUCGAUUCCGGCCGUGAUCGUGAUCGCCUUGGUGGUCGCCGCUCCCCACGCCGAGGUGGUCGUAGCCCUUCUCCCCGUCGCGGCCGUGGUGACUUCUCUCCACGCAAGGACGAUCGUCGAGACCGUGACUAUGACCGCCGAGACCGCGGUGAUCGGUCUCGUAGCCCAGAUGAUAGGGAUCGUGAUAUCAAGGAUGACCGUGAGGAAGGUCGUGAAAACGGCACCAACGGCGAAGAUAGGAAAGUUGCCAUCGAUACUCCUCCUCCUGCACAUGAUGAGCUGGACACCGCUGAGUAAACAGGUCGCC